UCCACAGACUCCUUGGGAGUAAGAACUGGGUUAUGGACUAAUUGGUCUCGUGGCUCAGUAUUUGGCUGGACCCUGACGCUUGUCCAGUCUGACGCCAACCUCCUCAUUGCCCUGAUCUCUUUUUGUGUGACCCUCGUUGGAGCGCGUCUGUGGCGCAUUGUUUGUUUCACCCUUCACUUUUCAUAUUCCAACAACUCUCCUUGCGAUGCGAUCUACCACCAAAGACAGGUUCUCCUGAGGAAUAGCUCCGAUGCCAUGAAUGGCGUUGCUGACUUCGCAAGGCUUUUCUGCGCCUGGCGCCUCAUCGGGAAACAUGUGUGGACGCGUUCUCUUCCCUUACUAGUCCUCUCUAUUUUCUGGCUCGCCAGCUGGACAGUGGCGUCUGUUUUUUCCUCGCAAGUUUCAUCAGCCAUGGGGAAUGAGGUGCUAUUAUUAAGCGAACAUUGCGGUUUUGUGUACGUGACUUCUGUGAAUGCGACUACCUAUGACGAAGCCCUGCUUUUCACCUGGCUCUAUCAAUACUUGGAGUCAUCAACAAACUACGCUGAACAGUGUUAUGGUUCCGAUGACUCAAACUUGGUUGGUUGUGACACUUUCGUGCACCGGAAUCUUCCUUAUAACAUCACAACCACUGCUGAGUGCCCCUUCGACAAGAACAUUUGCCUCGAUGACAACAGCACUAUCGUACUCGAUUCUGGUUUGGUCGACAGUCGCGAAGAUUUCGGGCUCAAUACACCCGAUGGCCAGCAAUUUCAGAUCAGAAUGAGAGUAGAAUGCGCACCAAUUCGCACAGAAGGCUACACUACCAACUUCAACCUGUCCGAUGAUCGGUCCUACACCCAAUAUUGGUAUGGGCCAAGUGGUGGAAAUUUUACGUACGAGUGGACGAACGACGAGCUAUGGGAGCUCAGAAAGCUUGCCAUCCAAAGUGCGAACUUUGAUGUGGCACAAACUAAUGAUGAUUACAAUAUUGAUGUGUUUUCAGUCUACUCGAACAACGGAACUCUGAAUGCCUCGGAAGCACUGGGCUCCGAAUUUGAUCCAAUUACAGAGCUCACCAUAACCAACGCGGACCUCUCGCUCUUUUUCAUCUCGGCAAAUCAGAUCUUGUAUCUGGAAGAAGUCUUGGAUCCGUUGUUUCGCGCGACCACGCAGCUCUCUGAGGGUUACUCUUUUUACUUCUCAGACCAGCCUGCGUCACCCCUCGCGUGUUCCUCACAACAGCAGAUCUGUGUUCCUACUGGAAGUGGCUCCGACUGCACACCUUUGCUUGGGGUCUACGACGUAUUUCCAGCAGCAAAGGGUCUGAUUGAAGACCGCUCAGCGAGCUACAGAAACAGUUUCGACUGGUUGCUAAACGACUUCCACCUCAAUGGCAUGACUAUAUAUCAAAUCGUGAAGGUUAUGAGCUCAUCAGCGUUAGAGGCAAAACAGAGUUUGACCUCUGGCUUCCAACCCGGAUUGCCAGACAACCAGUGGCAAAUCGAGGUCGAACGAUGGUUUCAGAUAAACUUGGCAGCAUGGCAAUAUCUGUUCAUCAGCCUUGCCACGGGGCCCGGUAUUAGCUCGAUACCGGGGAGCUUCAUAUCAACCCCUGGAAACACCGAAGAGGAGGUUCUUUGUCGAAAUCAGAAAAUUACGAGUGCGGCUUACACUUCGUUCAGCAUGUUUGCUCUGCUUUUAAUCUUCAUUUUCGGAGUGAUAUCUAUCGCGACUUCAUAUCUCCUACCGCACUGCAUCUAUCACUACAGAAGACGCCUCUAUGAAUCUCUCGAAUGGCGCAUACACCACCCGCUUCAACUCCAAAGACUAGCACAUGAGGAACUCGGCGCUGGAACAUGGUCAAAGACGGCAAUGUUUGUUCCAAUAGCUGGACCAGAUGAUACUCUGGCUGGUCUUGACGUGUCAGACCCGAGCGCUCCCAAGUUU